CUCCCCAUUCGCGAUUAGCCACAACACCACCACCACCACGGCCCCAGAAAAAGAAGAGCAAAAAAAAAAAAAAUUGCUCGAAUCAUCGAGUCACCUCACCACACCUCACCUCCUCCUCUUCCUCUUCGUGCCAUCCCUUCCCUUCCUUCCCUUCGAGCUGCACAUCGCGCAGUGCGAUUGCUUCCCGAUCCCGCGAAGCUAUAAAUACCGCCAUUAACCCCGCAAUCGAUGCGCCGCUAGGGUUGAAGCUUUCCUCCUCCUCCCGCGCGCCCCAUCCCGAGAAGAAGGAUUGGGCGAGGGCGAGGGGCGGCGGGUGAAUCGAACGGGGAUUGAUUGGUUCGAGAUUCGCGGGGCUUCCAGUGGGUCGGGAUUUGGGGUUGUGGGGUGGGGUGGGGAGGAUUUGAUUCGAUUCGGCGAGGCUGGGGCGUGGGGGCGGGCGAUCGGGUCACUGGAGUUGCCCCAGCUGGCUUCGGGCCAUGGCUGGGAUGGACGCCGGCGGGGAGACCUCCGACGCGCCACCGGAGUUGUCGCCGCAGGAGCGCGUUGAGCAGAAACUGAUUCUCUUCGGAGUUCCACAAGAACAACUUCAGGAACACCAAGAAGGUUUACUCUUGUACUUGGAGGAACACAAGGAGUUGAUCCCUGAAAUCGCCAAGCUCAUCUUGUCAGUUGCCACUGAUUUAUUGGAGACCCAGAAAGCAUCAAGUAAGGAUGGUGACAGCAGCAACAGUGAAGCAUGCAAUGAGAUUUUGUCUUGGCUACAGUGGUUAAUGUUCAACAAUGAGCCACAUGCGAUGCUUGAUGACUUGGAACAUAGCUCUGCAGGCGAACGUGCUGUCUGUGGGUCUGUUUGGGGACAUAAUGAUCUUGCAUAUCGUUGCCGGACCUGCGAGCAUGACCCCACAUGUGCAAUCUGUGUUCCAUGUUUCCAGAAUGGCAAUCACAAGGACCAUGACUACUCCAUCAUGUAUACUGGUGGUGGAUGUUGCGACUGUGGGGAUACUACCGCCUGGAAGCGUGAAGGAUUUUGCUCAAGGCACAAGGGUCCCGAGCAUAUUAAACCACUUCCAGAGGAGCUUGCGAGUUCAGUAGGACCUGUGCUGGAUGUGCUCUUGAAGUAUUGGAAGGAGAGGAUAUGCCUGGUUGAAGGUCCACCCCAUGCAGAGGGUGAUGGUGGUAGCUCAUGCAAGAGGGUUGCUGAAGAAUUGACAGCGUGUAUUGCUAAAAUGCUGCUUGAGUUCUGCACAUGCAGUGAAAGUCUUCUUAGUUUUGUCUCCCAAAGAAUCCGCGAGUGUCCGGACCUAUUAGAUGCAUUGACAAAGGCAGAAAGGUUGCUGGACAAGGAGGCUGUGAAAAAACUGCAUGAGUUGCUAUUGAAACUUAUCAGUGAGCCAGCUUUUAAGUAUGAGUUUGCCAAAGUUUUUAUACACUGCUAUCCUGUUACAUUUGGGGAAGUUAUUAAAGGGUGCAAUGAUUCUCUGAUGGAGAAGUAUCCUCUGAUGCAUACCUUCUCUGUGCAAAUAUUCACUGUGCCAACACUGACUCCUAGGCUUGUGCGCGAAGUGAAUUUGCUCGGAGUUCUUCUUGGAUGCCUGACAGAUCUAUUUCUUUCUUGCAUUGGUGAGGAUGGCCGUUUACAGACAAACAAAUGGACAAACUUAUAUGAUGCAUCCGUCAGACUAUUGGAAGAUACACGUUAUGUCCUUAGUCAUGAGGAAGUUUCUAAAUAUGUUGCUUAUGAGAGGCCUGAUUUAACAAGGUCAUGGAUUAAGCUCCUGUCACUUGUACAAGGAAUGGAUCCUCAGAAGCGAGUGACAAGCAUUCAUGCUGAAGAUGAGAAUGAGAAUCUAUCUGCGCCCUUUGUACUGGGACACUAUCUUGGAAUUUGUCAUGGUUCUUUGGUGAAGGGAGCUUUUUGUCCUCCUGAGCAACAUGAGUCAACUGAUGUUACUGUUUGCUCCACUGCAACAAAAGGUAUGGAGAGUGCUGAGAAUCAGCGGCAUGCAAAAGUGGGGAGGGUCUCCCAGAGUAGCUCAGUAUGCAAUUUAGGCAGCAAAGACAGAUCUUCAAGCAGCGGAUUGCCACUGCCUGCUCCCUGGUUAAUUUUUCAGUGCUUGAAAGCUAUUGAAAGUUGGCUGGAACCAGGUACAGCUCUGAGGGGCAAGUUGUCCUCCCUUGAUGCGAGCAGCAGUGAUCCUCACAAUUUUAUGGCUUUGCUUGAGGAGCCUUUGACUUCUAACAUAGACAGAUCAAAUACAAAUAUUGCUGAGGUAGAUGUCAAGAUAAAUGAAGAAUCCCGAUCCGAUGAUAUUGCAGAUAAUCCUGAGUCAUUUAGUUCCUUUGUUCAAGAUCAGGACAAUCUGAUGCAAAUUGAUCAAAUAAGGGUUCCUCCUUCUAGUAACAUGGCAGGGAAAAGAAAGAUGUACGAAAGUAGCAGUGCAGCAGAUACACAACUGCACCCUGAGAAUGCCAUUUCUUGUAACCUGACUGACGGCAGCCUUUUGUAUGCCCACCCGGAUUCAAGAAUUGAGGAACUAGGUAUACUCAACACAGUAGGCUGGCCUCAUGUUGUUUUUGAUGUCAGUUCACAAGAAACAUCAUUUCAUAUCCCUUUACAUCGCAUGCUUUCUUUGCUAUUGCGCAAGUCAAUGGAGAAAUGUUUUGGAGAGGAUGUUAAAGCUGAGCAUUGUUCAGUUGUUCAGACCAAUGAGUUCUUCUCUCAGGUACUAAGAGGUUGUGAGCCCUAUGGGUUUGCGUCAAUUGUGAUGGAGCAUCCAUUAAGACUAAGAGUAUUUUGCGCACAAGUGCGUGCUGGAAUGUGGCGAAAGAAUGGUGACGCAGCUAUACUGAGUGCUGAGUGGUACCGCUCUGUGCAAUGGCUUGAACAAGGUUUGGAGUCUGAUCUGUUUCUUCUUCAAUGCUGUGCUGCAUUAUCUUCUCCAGAGUUUUUUGUUAAGACCAUUCAAGAGAGGUUUGGUUUAUCAAAUUAUACAUCUUUGGAUCUCAUGGAACAUAAUGAGUAUGAGUCAGUUCUUAUGCAAGAAAUGCUAACUUUUCUUAUACAAUUAGUCAAAGAGCGUAGAUUUUGUGGGCUUUCCACAUCAGACAACUUGAAGAGAGAACUGAUUUAUAAAUUAGCUGUUGUGGAUUCCACACACAGCCAGAUUGUGAAGUCCCUUCCUCGUGCCCUUUCGUCAAGUGACCAGCUUCAGAACGUUCUGGAUUCACUAGCAGUUUAUUCUAAUCCAUCUGGCAUGAAGCAGGGUAAAUAUGUACUUCGCGAAGCAUUCUGGAAGGAGCUGGACUUGUAUCAUCCCCGUUGGAAUUCCAGGGAACUACAAAUUGCUGAGGAGAGAUACUACCGUUUUUGCAAAAUAUCUGCUCUCAAUGCUCAACUACCUCAAUGGACACAUGUUUUUAGCCCCCUGCACAGUAUUUCUAAAAUUGCAACAUCCAAAGCCGUCCUUCAAAUUGUUCGUGCUGUGCUCUUUCAUGCUGUUUACAGUGAUCCAUUAUCUGUAUCACGUGCCCCUGACAAUGUCCUUGUGACUGGUUUGCACUUGCUUUUCUUGGCACUUGAUAUAUGUGAAUCAGAGAGCAAAAUGUAUGCCAAACAACAUGGUAUGGAUAUAGUGCAGCAUGAUGAUGAAUCAUGGGUAGUCCUGUCAUCAUAUGCAGAAGAGGCUUUUCCCAUAUUGACCUACUCUACUGAACUAGUAGCCCCAGUGUCUGGCAGAGUGAAGAAUGAGAGCAUGCUGACCUUACUGGUUUCAUUAAUGCACAAAUACAAGGAAGACAAUGAUACCUCCUUUUCUGGAUCCAAGUACUGCAAUAUUCCAUCACUAAUUGAGAGCUUGUUAAAGAAAUUUGCGAACUUAAGUAAGGAAUGCAUGUCUGCAAUAAGACAAAUGGCACCACAUAUGGUCCCUUCCAUGCCACAGCAAACCAGUUGCAAACAAAAUCUAGAAUCUUCAGAUUCUAUGGACAAGAAGGCAAAGGCGCGCCAACGCCAAGCUGCAAUGAUGGCAAAGAUGAGAGCAGAACAGUCGAAAUUUGCGGAGAGUAUGAAGUCAUCAGGAAGUGAGGGGCAUGAUGUUCCAAUGUCUGAGCCAGAUGUAUCCAGUUCAACUGGUGUAGUCUUGGAGGAGUCGCUGCCAGUUUGCUCCCUGUGCAGGGAUUCAGAUUCUAAAAGUCCACUCUGCUAUCUGAUUCUUCUUCAGAGAUCUCGGCUGGCAACUUUUGUUGAGAUGGGCAAUCCAUCCUGGGAAAAUCCGACUCAAUCAAACAAAAUAUCUGGGUCCAUCAGAAGGGAAGAAUCAAGUGAUUCCUCGGGUGCUGCUUCUUUUAGUUCAGAAGAACUCAUUCCUGAUGCAGCCGUAGAGCCUUCUUUUGAUUCAGAUGCUAUGGAAGUUGAUGCUUUUCUUGAUUUCUCAAAUGAACAACAUCCACUGAUUAGAUAUAUAUCAUCUUUCCCUAGUAUAUACUCUAACAGCAAUGAUGGUGAUAUUACCUCUCUUGAGACAAUCGAGGAUGAUGUCUGCAAGGAUAUUUUAAAUUAUAUGUCUGGGUCUAGCAGUGUAGAAUCUAAAGAUGGUGAGCAGACACUGUCUACUACAAACCUGUCAAUUGGAUCUAAGAAAAACAGAAGCCCCAGAAGUUCUGUGCUGGGAACAUAUGUUAAUUGUCUUUCAACAAAACAACUUCAUUCUUCCAAAUCUUCUGGUUCAGUAACAAGGAACAGAUUUGGUCCUGUUGAUUGUGAUGGCAUCCACAUAUCCACUUGUGGACAUGCUGUACAUCAGGAAUGCCAUGAUCGAUAUUUAUUCUCCUUGAAACAAAGAUAUGUAAGGAGACUUGGUUUUGAAACUGGUCAUAUUGUUGAUCCGGAACUGGGAGAGUUGCUGUGUCCAGUCUGUCGCAGAUUUGCAAAUUCUAUUCUUCCAGCAUCACCUGAUUUAUGUAGUAAACUUUCGAGGAAGACAAUGCCAACUGUUCAGAUGCCAUCUGAAGCUCCUCCUGCUGCAUCAUGGGUGACUACAAGUAACUUACAGUUCCCUCAUGCGCUCUGGCUUCUUGAAAGUGCUGGAAAAAUUGUUGGACAAAGCAUGUUUUUAAAAGCUUUAAGUGGGAAGGUCAAUGAUACUACAGAGCCAGCUCUAGAUCCUUCCCUUCGAAGAUUGUGUAUGCUUUACUACCGUCGCAGCCACAGCAGUUUUUCGGCAUCUGAAAGGCUCAACCCAUCUCUGUUUCUCUGGGAUACACUAAGGUACUCCGUAGUAUGUACAGAAAUUGCUUCUCGUGCUAGAUCGGCAGGCUAUUCUGAAUCAAGAUCAUGCGUAGAAUCUUUACGCCAUGAAUUGAAUUCAUCAAAUGGGUUUAUACUAUCUCUGUUGUUUCGUGUUGCACACUCUGCAAGAAAUUUGAAUCGUCUUGAGGUUCUUUUGAGAUUCGAAGGUAUACAACUGUUAGCAAGCUCUAUUUGCUCCGGCAUUUCUGGUGAUAAAGAUCUUCUGAAUGCCACUAAGCGGAAAGGCACUUUGCCACCUAUUGUUGACCCCACCAGUGAGGGUGGAGUCUUCCCUGAUGUCCAAUUUUGGAAACAAUGUGCCGAUCCAGUCCUUGCUCAAGAUCCUUUUUCGUCACUGUUGUCAACUCUUUUCUGUUUACCUGUUCAGUUUCUAAUGUCCACCAAAUUCUUCAUCCCUCUCGUACACCUGUUUUAUGUUGUUUGUGUUGUUCAGGCCUUGAUAACAUGCUAUGCAGAAGAAACAUUUGACAGAUCAAGCUUCAGCAACUGCAUCCUUAAUGAUGUUUGCCAGACUAUGUCAAGUUAUGAUAUUGCUAGAGAAUAUUUUGUAUCCAAACACAUUGAUCCUUCUUGUCACCCAAAAGAUAUGGUCCGGAGAUUGACUUAUCCUUAUCUUCGGAGGUGUGCAUUGCUAUGGGAGCUUCUAAAAUCGUCUUCCUCAGCACCUUUGUAUGACAGUUCCAAUAUCUGGGAAGGAUCAUCGCAGCUUUACUUGAAUAAUAGCGCAACAGACUCAUUUUCAGUGGAGCUGAAUGGAAUAAGGGAAUUAGAAGACCUGUUUCAAAUUCAGUCACUGGAUCCAAUUCUCCAAGAUGAAUCUGUACAUAUGCUUGCACUAAAAUGGUCACAACAUUUCUGCGAGGAUUACAAAACCCGUAAAUAUAUAGGUGUUCACUUUUCUACCCCAGCAGUGCCAUUUAGGCUGAUGGAGUUACCCCCUGUCUACCAAGUUCUCCUGGAAAGAUAUGUCAAGAUGCAGUGCCCUGAUUGUGGCUCAGUGCCUGAUGAACCAGCAUUAUGUUUGCUUUGUGGAAAACUUUGUUCACCUAGUUGGAAACCAUGCUGCAGGACUGGCAAGUGCCUUAAUCAUGCAUCUCAAUGUGGUGCUGGUGUCGGCAUAUUUCUUUUGGUGAGGAAAACAACAAUACUUUUGCAGCGAUCUAUUCGUAUCGCCUUUUGGCCAUCUCCCUACCUUGACGCCUUCGGUGAGGAGGAUCACGACAUGCACAGAGGAAAGCCUUUGUAUCUAAGCCAACAAAGAUACGGCGCUCUCACCUAUCUGGUGGCAUCGCAUAGCCUUGACAGGACUUCCGAAGUCCUUCGGCAAACAACCAUCAGCAUUUAUGGAUCUGAUUGAGUACAAUGUGCUGUGGGACAAUCUCCAAAGCAUUUGCGGUGGGGUUUUGGUUGCAUGCCUCAAGUUGCCAAGCCAAACUUAAGGCAUGUUAUACAUUCUUAGCCUGCUCUUUUGUUGAUCCACAGUUAUGACUAGCCACACUUUUCAACCUAUGUGACCCCACAUGUUAAUGGUACAAUUUCUUGGCUAAGCUUGUCUAAGAUGUGGCCAUCGUUUUGUUAGUCACUUUUUGUGGCAAGCCGCAUGUUGCCUAAGAUGAGGUUUAGCAAAGUUAGCCAUCAACCGAACAAUCCCUACAUCCUCCCCAGGAUUGAGAUCACGGCAGACUCCCCAAGACCAAGUAGAUGCCCAGUCAAAGGGGAGGAAAAUAUUGAAGCUUGUCUAGUUUACAAGGUUUACAGUUACAUGGCAGCAAGCGGUGGGUGAUCACAAACAAGAAAGUUCUGUUCCAGCUAUCGAGAUUAUUGUAAUAUGCUUAGUCAUAGCUAUGCUGCGGUUAUUUGUCAGUAUUGCCUAGGUGCCGUGCAGGUUGAUUCCGUAGUAUCAAUCCAAUAUCUCUCACCAUCAUCUACUGAAACAGCUACUGUUAAAAAGUGGAAACUAUAACGAGAGUUGAAUUUGACAUAGCUGAAUGUUUUGCAAGGCAUCUUUCCUUUCCUCUUCUUUAUCAGUGCAUGGUGU